GAAGACGAGCGAGAGUCGGCGGUGGCCGGAACCCGCGCCCCGCGCCCGCCCGCCCGCCGCCAUGGGACCCCGCAGUGCUCCGGGACGGCGCCUCUGAGCCCUCGAGCGCGGCAGCCGGGACCAUGAGGAGCGAUCGAGGCCGCCAGGGCGGCGGACGGGGCCCCAAGAACGCGGGCGCCGGCCUCAAGUACAACUCGCGGCCGCAGAGCAUGAAUGGCUUCGAGGAAGGCAUCGAGUUUCUGCCAGCGAACAAUGCCAAGAAGGUGGAGAAGCGCGGCCCCAGGCGCUGGGUGGUCCUGCUGGCACUGCUGGUCGGGUGCCUGCUGCUGGCGCUAGCCACGGGGCUGCUGGUGUGGUGGCACCUGCAGAACCCAGAGGUGCAGGAGUACAAGGUUUUUAACGGUUACCUUCGGAUCACUAAUGAAAAUUUCCUGGACGCCUAUGAGGACCCCAACUCCACUGAGUUUGCUAACCUGGCUCAGAAGGUGAAGGAAGCGCUGAAGGUGCACUACAGCCGGAUCCCCGCACUUGGCCCCUACCACAAGGCAUCAGAGGUGACCGCGUUCAGCGAGGGCAGCGUCAUCGCCUACUACUGGUCGGAGUUCAGCAUCCCCCAGAAGCAAGUACGGGAGGCCGAGUUGGCCAUGGCCGAAGAGCGUGUGUUCGUUCUGCCGCCCCGUGGCCGAAACCUCUACAGCUUUGAGCUCACGUCCGUGGUGGCCUUCCCCACUGACCCCCGGACCAUAGCAACCAGACAGGACAACAGCUGCAGCUUUGCCCUGCACGCCCAAGGCCGAGAGCCCCAGCGUUUCACCACGCCAGGCUUCCCCGACAGCCCAUAUCCCGCUCGAGCCCGCUGCCAGUGGGCGCUGCGCGGGGACGCCGAGUCGGUGCUCAGCCUCACCUUCCGUAGCUUCGACGUGGCACCCUGCGAUGGCUCCGGCAGCCACCCAGACCUGGUUGCAGUGUACGACGCUCUGAGCCCCAUGGAGCCCCGUGCUGUGGUUCAGCUGUGUGGCACCUUCUCGCCCACCUACAACCUGACCUUCCUCUCCUCCCAGAAUGUGCUGCUUGUCACAUUGGUCAUCACCACAGAGCGCCGGCAUCCUGGCUUCGAGGCCACGUUCUUCCAGCUGCCCAAGAUGCACAGCUGUGGAGGCUCCCUGCGAGGUCCUCAGGGGACAUUCAGCAGCCCCUAUUACCCGGCCCACUACCCCCCCAACACGGACUGCACCUGGGACAUCGAGGUCCCUGCAGACCGCGUGAAGGUCCUUUUCACAUUCUUCUUCCUGCUCGAGCCUGGUGUGGCCCUGGGCAGCUGCACCAAGGACUACGUGGAGGUCAAUGGGGAGAAGUUCUGUGGGGAGAAGCCCCAGUUCGUAGUGGCCAGUCAGAGCAACAAGCUCACGGUUCGCUUCCACUCGGAUCAGUCGUACACAGACACGGGCUUUCUGGCUGAGUACCUGUCCUUCGACUCCAGUGACCCCUGUCCUGGGAAGUUCAUGUGCAACACAGGCCGGUGUGUAGAGAGUAGGCUGCGCUGCGAUGGCUGGACUGACUGCUCUGACUUCAGUGACGAGCUUGGUUGCAAGUGCAACGAAACCUAUCAGUUCACAUGUGCAAAUAAGCUAUGCAAACCCCUCUUCUGGAUGUGCGACACCGUCAACGACUGUGGGGACAAUAGUGAUGAGCUUGCGUGCGCUUGUCCAGCUGAGAACUUAAAGUGUAACAAUGGCAAGUGUGUCCCGAAGACGCGGCAGUGUGACGGCAAGGAUGACUGUGGGGAUAGGUCUGACGAGGCCAACUGUAAAAGAGUGAAUGUGGUCACUUGCACCAAAGACACCUAUCGAUGCAACAAUGGGCUGUGUGUGAGCAAGGCCAACCCCGAGUGUGAUGGGAAGAAGGACUGUAAUGAUGGCUCAGAUGAAAAGAACUGUGACUGUGGGAUUCGGCCCUUCACCAAGCAGUCCCGUGUGGUCGGGGGCAAGAAUGCAGAUGAGGGCGAGUGGCCAUGGCAGGUCAGUCUCCAUGCCCAGGAUCAAGGCCAUGUGUGUGGCGCCUCGCUCAUCUCACCCGACUGGAUGGUAUCUGCCGCCCACUGCUACACGGACGAAAGUGGCUUCAGUUACUCGGAUCCCAAGAAGUGGACGGCCUUCCUGGGCCUGCACGACCAGAGCAAGCGCAACGCCGCGGGGGUGCAGAAGCUGGGGCUGAAGCGCAUCAUCCGCCACCCCUCCUUUAACGACUACACCUUCGACUAUGACAUCGCGCUGCUGGAGCUCGAGAAGUCUGCCGAAUACAGCAGCACGGUGCGGCCCAUCUGCCUGCCCGACACCACGCACUCCUUCCCCACGGGCAAGGCCAUCUGGGUCACCGGCUGGGGCCACACCAAGGAGGGAGGCUCCCCAGCUGUGAUUCUGCAGAAGGGGGAGAUCCGUGUCAUCAACCAGACCACCUGUGAGAAGCUGCUGCCGCAGCAGAUCACACCACGCAUGAUGUGUGUGGGCUACCUCAGCGGGGGCGUGGACUCCUGCCAGGGUGAUUCUGGGGGUCCCCUGUCCAGCGUGGAGGCCGAAGGGCGCAUUUUCCAGGCAGGUGUGGUAAGCUGGGGUGAUGGCUGCGCGCAGAAGGACAAGCCUGGCGUAUACACGAGGCUCCCCGUGUUUCGGGAGUGGAUCAAAGAGGAGACCGGCGUGUAGAUGCCCAGCUGAGAACAGGAUGGCCCGCUGCACCCCUGCCUCGGGCCCCAGCACUGAACUGAACCCCCAGGACUCUGGAGAGCCAGGCGGGAAGAGCCACCAUGUACUGGACAGCUGUGAAGACACAGCCCCUUCCUGCAGAGGGUCUUACCCCGGGAACCCCUGUAGACGGGGAUGUGGGGUGGGGUCUAAGGAACCCCAGAACAGGACUCUGGGAACAGAUGGGGCCAAGCUGGGACUCUGGCCCAUUGGGAUAUGUGCCUGUGUGAGGAAUACACUUCCUUUCCAGGGAA